GACAAUUAAUUAAUUGUGAGUUCAAACAAUGGACAAGAAUACAACGCGACACAAUGUGCAGCUGUAUAUUUAUGAUUUAUCACGAGGAAUGGCUCGUAGCCUCAGUCCCAUCAUGUUAGGUAAACAGCUGGAUGGUAUCUGGCACACAGCUAUUGUGACGUAUGGAGAUGAAUUCUUCUUUGGAGGAGAGGGGAUUUCCAGCUGUUCCCCGGGUGGGACUAUGCUGGGCCCCCCAGACACAGUGGUGGAGCUGGGUGAGACUGAAGUCUCCGAGGAGAUCUUCAUGGAUUACCUCUCGUCCCUCGGUGAAAGCACAUACAGAGGUGACAGGUAUCGUUUGUUUGAGCACAACUGCAACACUUUCACCAAUGAGGUGGCUCAGUUCCUGACUGGCAGGUCUAUACCCUCCUACAUCACAGACCUUCCAUCUGAAGUCCUCUCCACACCGUUCGGCCAAAUUCUGCGGCCUAUUCUUGACUCUAUCCACAUUGCCCCUCCGGGAGGUAACGUCAUCAACGGAGGAAGAAACAUCUAAGCAGCACGAAUGGUUGGAUGCUCUCCAGGUCAUUUUCACUGUAGUCAGUCAGCAGGAAGUCCAUUCAUUUCCUCCUUUUUGUCUCUGUCUUUCUGCAAAUAUAAAGCUGAAUGAAAUGGAAUAGGCUCUAACUUCACAGAGAAAUAAAUUUCCAUCUCCUGAGAUGCACCACCUAAAGGUUUUAAAGAACAUAAUUCAAUUCAGUUCAGUUUAUUUAUACAGCGCCAAGU